CUCCAGCACCACACCCAACACUCCAGCACCACACCCAACACUCCAGCACCACACCCAACACUUGAACAACUGCAACACAUGAAACACCUUGUGCAACACUCCAUCUUCAAUUCUCCAAUUUAUGUAGCAAUCCUAUACCUGCAGCAUUACAACACCGCAUCAUCGCAACACCUGCAUCAUCUCAACAUAUGCAGCAUUUCAACAUGAGAACAACAUGUGGAGUAUUCGAGCGCAACAUAUGUAGCAUAAUACGUGAAGCCUUCCAACACCUGUAACACCUGAACAUCUGCAGGACUACAACAUGUCUUCUCGACCUCGUCUCCGGAAACGAGAUACGUCUGAGUAUCAGCAGAGAGUCGAAGAGUAUGAGAUAGAAAUUACCCUGAGCAGCAGAAGUGCACACCGAGAUGACCAGGUGCUCUAUGACUUCAAGAGUGGCCAGUACCAAGCCCUGCCAGAGGAGGACUUACUCAUCCACCUGUUCACUUUACCCUCCAGGAUCAUACAGAAGGAACAACUCGAACUUCUACAGAUGGAGGAGAAUUCAGUGGAUGACAGUAAAGCUGAGAGAAAGGAAGAACGAUACCAGGAGCAGCAACUACCACAGCUUCACCCGGAGUUUCCGAUGCUUCCUCAGGACGUGGGACAAGAAAUGGCUGAUCUGUAUGGCAGCAUCAUGUCAAGAGAGGACCUUGCCAAGCUGGAUUCUCAGCCUAACCCCUUCAACUUCAGCGAACGUGUCUCUCAAACACUUCGCGUUCCCAUGACGAACACAGCAGGACAGACUGACCCGCCUCCCAGUACAACUUUCUGUCUCAACGUCGGCUUCUCUGUCAUCUAUGAUGCUUACGACCUCGAUUAUUCUGUUCUCUUGGAAAAGAAGAGGAAAGAACUGGAAAAUGCGAAUAAUAAGGACAAGAGUAAGGAGAAAAGGAACGAGAAACAGGUUCAGAAGUCUGAUGAUCCUGUUGGGAAGGAGGACCCGCUUACAGUGUUCACCUCUCCACUCAGCCAAACCUCAACAAGUGACCACAUCAACUUUACAACCCUUCUGUACUCGGUCAGAAUUAUUGAGCGCAUGAUCAACCAGAACCUCUUCGACGAAAUAAUUCAAGGCAACAAGAGCGUGCUUAAUGUUGGUGGCCUCUUGUGUCUCUUCUCUCUGAAGAACCCUGGUGUUCCUGAACGAUGUCUGCCCACAUCCUGUGGUCUUACAUCUGUACACUUCCAUCCCACGCACGAGAGUGUGGUAGUGGCAGGGAGGAGUGACGGGGCAGUAAUGAUGUUUGAUGCCAGACAGUCACACAGUGCCACGAUGUUGGUCUCUUCUGCCACUACAGACAAACAUCUCCUUCCAGUGUCACAGAUUUUUGGAGGCCAAUGCUUGGGCUACUGAGAGACGCUACCUGACGGCCUCAGGGGAGGACAUAAGGGUGGGCUGAUUUCAUUCAUCGAGGCCUCUUUGAGCAUCAACAUAGGUCCUCUAACUUGGUUCCAAAAAAUGAGUUCAAAUGGAGUGAAUCCUAAACUUUCUGCUACACUCUCUCUCAGGGUGAACAGCAGGAGUGGGAGCCCAUCGUCCCAAUCCUCAUGAAAUUGCUGGCAAUAUGUUCUCAUCAUAACUUUUAGGCUCUGUGAAACCUUUCAACCACUCCUUGUGAUUGUGGGCGAUAGGCUGUAGCGAAUUUUAAUUUUGUUAUAUAAAGCAAUGCAUCUUGAAAUAAUUUGGAAAUGAAAUUGGUUCCUUGGACGGACUGUACUUCUUUAGGGAAACCGAACUGAGAAAAAAAAAAUAAGUAAUGCCUGAGCUAUAAUUCAGAUCUUAAUUUUCCUUAGGGAAAUGGCCUCAGGAUAUCUCAUAACCGAAUCUACAGUGGUGAAAUGAUAUCGGUUUCCUUUCUUUGCUUUAGAAAGUGGUCCGACACAAUCAAUCACUAACCUGGAGAAUGGUUCUCCACUCACUGGAAUAGGAAUAAGGGGGCUAAAGGGGAAUUGUGUGAGAGUUUGUCAAUUAACUUACACGUGGGACAACUUUUCAUGUAUUGCUUUAUCUUUUCCUGCAUUUUGGGCAAAUGUUUUUUACCCUAGAUGGCCCCCAAUGGAACUAUUAUGAAUCAUUUCACAGACUAGGUCUUUAAAAGAUGUUGGUAGCGCAAUUAAAGUUUUGACAUUGGAAUUUCUCCUUUCUUUCAGCACUACCUUUUCCCAAAAAGAAACAUGGUGCCAACUUACUUGCCUCUUCUAUAGGGGCGGUGUUUUUCCAAU